GUCAGCUCCUUGAAAGAGACCGGACGGCUUGACUCAGCUCCAGAACUCACCGAGCCAGAGCUGACAGAGCCUGAGACGACAGAGCCAGAGCUCACAAAGCCUAAGGCCAACGCAGCUACAGCGGCCGAUCCGGCUGCUACCAGCCCAAAGCACAGGGAGGUCCGAGCUGCAUCAGAGGAGUUGGAGAUAACCUUUGGCCACACGGCAGCUGUUUCAUUGCCGACGCGCAGUCAGGUUCAAGCGUCAAUUCUGUCGGAGACUUUGGAAGGCGAGACCCCGAAGCACGACCAGGAGGCAACUGACUCGGGACCCUCUACUUCUACUGCAGCA